CACACCCAACUCUCCCUCUCAGCACAAAAUGGAUUCUCAACCCAUGCCUUCUUCUUCUUCUUCUUUCAGUUUUGAGCUAAAAUUAAUAAGGGCUAGAAACAUUUUUGUGAAAACAUGUAGAGAAGUUUUUGUGAGAUGCUAUAUCUCUACAGCAAGCAACAAAAGAGUGAGGUUAGAGAGCCAACACAUCUCAUCACACUCCAACUUAACAUGGAACCAAACCUUUUCACUCAACUGCUCUGGCACUCCACAAACCAUUCAGUCACUCAAGCAAGGAACAAUCGUUUUCGAGCUCCGGUGCAGAAGCUCAGCCACUUUGGUGUCAAGAAUGAGUGGCUCGAAACUGCUGGCAAGGGCGGAGAUGCCAUGGAACGACGUCGUUGAGGUCCCAUAUGAGAAGUGGGUCGUCAUGACCGCGAAAGACAGUUACGUGUAUACCGAUGAUGUCAAGCCCCCGGCUAUACAGAUCGCCGCCAAAGUUGAAGAAGUUGCAGAGGUGAAGACAAGAAAAGAGUAUAGCUGUGGUUGUAUGGAUUGUGGAUGCAAUUACUGUGUAGAUUAUGACUUGUUUGCUAUUUAGAGACAUGGAUUUGAUAUUUAGGCAUAGUUUUCCUAUAUGAUUCAACCAUUUUCUUAUCAUACAAAUAUAUACAAGAGUGAAUUUUGAUUGAA